GCCAAUGGCUCGCCUGCCUGUCUGCAUAGCUGACGCCCAGACGGUGUGUAACAAGCGUGCAGACCCACAUGGUAGAGCAGCCGGUAACAGCCGCGGCUGCGGCCCCACCCACAGCCCAGGCGGGACACUUGACUGCGUGCUGCUUCCACCUGAGGUGGAGGGCACCUAGAGUGUCCCCUGUCCUCCCAAACCCUGCUCGGCGCUGCCCUUGUGGGUGAGGUCCAGGAACCUCUCCAUACCAACGGAGGCCCUGGCAACGCAAGCCAUAGCCACAGCCCAGUAGCAACAGCCAGAGCAGGCUGGAGCCGGCACAGUGCUCCAACAAGAGGCCAGAGUUCCUGCACCCUAUGGCGCGGGCACCGACCCCAGCCACUGAGAAUGUUUUGCCACGAGCUGAAGACUGGCUGUCAGGAGGUCCUGGGGAUGCCCCAGCAUGGGCCAGCAGCCUUGGGGCCGAGCUCUCCUCCGACCCAAAGCUGGGUGAGGUGCAAUGGCUGCAGAUCUCCAAAGAGCUGGUCAGCCUUCAGAUCGCAGCCCAUCGCCUUCAAGAGCAGCACGAGGCUGAGGUCUUCACUCUGCAGAGCGAGAUCCUUCGGCUGGAGAGCCGCGUGCUGGACCUGGAGCUGUGCAGAGACCAUGCUGGGCGUGGACCUGCAGGCCCAGCUCUGACACUAGAGCGUGGACACAAAGGCUGGGGGGCCGGAUCCUCUGACCGCCACAAGUGCCAGCUGCCAGCAGGCCGGGAACAAGGAGGGGCACAGCAGGCGCUGGAGCAGCACGUGAUCCGGCAGCAGGGGCCAGACGCCACCUUGCAUUGUGGCAGCAGGACAGCCCUGGGUCUGCAGCUGCAGCGAGCCCAGGAGGAGACAAGGGCAGCUGGGCAGCAACUAGCCGCACAAGCUGUGGUGCUGUCUGCCUGCCAGGGCCAGCUCCGCCAGGCUGAGGCAGAGAACGCCCAGCUGCAGCUGCAGCUCAAAGAGCUGCACCAGGUGUAUGCCCUCCGGCUGGAGCACUCUGCCCGCCAGGUGCUGGAGUAUGCCGACGACACGGGCCAGGCACCUGCAGUUGCAGCCCUUCGGCAAUUCCUGGAGGCCACUCUGGACGACAUCCGGGCAGCCCACCACAACCGUGAGCAACAGCUGGCCAGGGCUGCUCGCACCUACCGCAGGCGCCUGGCAGAUCUGAGCCACUGGCAUCAGGAGCUGCUGGCUGCCCGCAGGGGUCUGGACACAGCACUCUGGGCCCAGAUCCACCAGAAGCUCCGGGACUUCGCCCGUGGCACACAGGCAGCGCUGGAAGGGGAGCGGGCGCAGCUGCUGGUCCGGGCCGCCAUGGCUGAGGCACAACUCUCAGAGCUACAGGAGUAUGUGGGGCAGCGCCUGGGCAGGUACAAGCAAGAGAUCCUCAGGCUGACGGAGCUGGUGGGGACAGGGGCCCCCUGGAAAGUGGGGACCACGCCCCCAACCCAGUCUCAGCACCCACAGACGGGCAGCCGCUAG